AUGCUUGUUUCGUCGGUCGUGUCCCCCUGGGCACUUGUUCUCCUACCGGUCCUUUACUAUAUUCUUCCAUAUCUCCGGAACUGGAGUCUUCUCAAAGUCCCUGGACCCUUGCCAGCAGCUCUGUCCAACCUUUGGUUGAUGUACCAGUGUCGACGAGGACGCAGAUAUCUUGCCGUGGACGACCUGCACAAGAAAUACGGCAAAGUUGUACGGAUACAGCCUAACCAUGUCUCCAUCGCCGACGAUUCAGCCAUCAACACCAUCUACGGACACGGUAAUGGUUUCCUGAAAAGUGAAUACUACGACGCCUUCGUCUCGAUCCGCCGUGGCCUCUUCAACACACGCGACCGCGCCGAACAUACGCGCAAACGCAAAGUCGUGUCGCACACCUUCUCGGCCAAAUCCAUCGGCCAAUUCGAGCAGUACAUCCACGCGAACCUGGAACUCUUUGUGCAGAAAUGGACGAAACUCAGCGACACCCGCAAGGACCCCUCGACGGGCUACGCCUCCAUCGACGCGCUACACUGGUUCAAUUACCUGGCAUUCGACAUCAUCGGGGACCUGGCCUUUGGGGCCCCCUUCGGCAUGCUCGAGCGCGAGAAGGACUACGCCGAGAUCCGCCUCUCGCCCGACGCGCCGCCCUCGUCCGCGCCGGCCAUUGAAGUCCUCAACCGCCGCGGCGAAGUCUCAGGCACGCUGGGCUGUCUGCCCCAACUGAAGCCCUGGGCCAAGCACAUGCCGGACCCGUUCUUCAGCAAGGGCGUCGAGGCCGUCGAGAACCUGGCGGGCAUCGCCAUCGCGCGAGUCAAGCAGCGGCUCGACAACCCGAACACGGACCGGGUCGACCUGCUCGCGCGGCUGAUGGAAGGCAAAGACGCCAAGGGCGAGAAACUGGGCCGCGAGGAACUCACCGCCGAAGCCCUGACGCAACUGAUCGCGGGCUCCGACACGACCAGCAACACGGCCUGCGCGCUCUUGUACUACGUCGUGCGCACGCCGGGCGUCCUGCAGACCCUCCAGGCCGAACUCGACGCGGCCAUCCCCCCGGGCGUGCCCAACUACGACGCCGUCAAGGACCUGCCUUAUGUGCAGUGGGUCAUCAACGAGACCAUGCGCAUCCACAGCACCAGCAGCCUGGGCCUGCCGAGGCUCGUCCCGUCCGCGACCCCCGAGAAUCCGCAACCCCAGGGCAUCGAGAUCUUGGGGUACAAGUUCCCGCCCGGCACCGCGCUCAGCGUGCCGAGUUACACGAUCCACCACAGCAAGGAGAUCUGGGGCCCCGACGCCGAUGACUUUGUGCCGGAACGCUGGAGCGACAAGAGGAUCACGGCCAGGCAGAAGGACGCCUUUAUCCCGUUCAGUACCGGCCCCAGGGCGUGCGUGGGCAGAAACGUCGCCGAGAUGGAACUCAAGUGUAUCGUCGCCUCGGUGUUUAGGAAUUUUGAGUUCCGCGACGAGCACGACGGCCCCAUGGAGACGAGGGAAGGGUUCCUCAGAAAACCGCUGGGAUAUAAUGUUGGCUUGAGGCGCCGGGCGACGUGA